AUGUGUUAUCCUUUAUCCGUCAACAACUAUUGGAAGGCGACGAUGGCAGCUACCACAGUAACAGCCUCAUAUGAUGAUGGAUUAUACCAUCCUCCCACACCUACCGCUUCACUUCCUUCAUCAACAGCUGUCCAAUCCACCACCAUCACUGUGGCCACCCCGGCGGCUACGCUUACUCCCGUUCUUCUGAUUCCGUCAUCAGCUUUCUUGUCUCACUCCGAUUCUUCCACAUCUGCAUCUGAUAUCAUGAAGAACAAUGGGCAACUCACUAGCAUCGCUACUUCCACCUCAACUCUGGCCUCUAUCACACCCUCAGCUCGAACAAGUUCAAUAGCACAACCAGAGACCCCUCGAAACUCUAGCCCUCUGAUCCUUGGUGUCUUUAUCUUCCUUUUUUUGUUUCUUGGUGUGACCUUCUUUGCUGGAUAUAUGUGCCGAAAUCCAUUUAGAAGAUGGAGAGAUAAUCGUCGCUUAAGACAUUCACCAAUGUUUGGAGAUUUUUCAACUCGAUAUGAGGAAUCUGAUGAAAUGUUAGAAGUAGGAUGGCAGGAAAGGUAUCAAGUUGAUGAAGAAAAAGAAGAAAUUUUAAAUCAUGAAUUACAUCCUCAAACUCCUUCUGACCCUUUUGCACGAUCGAUUCCUCGUCGAAGUCAAAUUCAAUCUUAUCUUGCAUCUCGAAACCCGUCCACGACUAAUCCAGUGGAACACAUCGGUAACGAACGCGGAUGGCUCUGGGGAACUCGACGAUCAAAGGCUUCACGUUCUAAUGUCAUACCAGGACUAGGAACUGGCCAUUAUCGAGCCAAGUCUAACAGAUCGCGUGCAAGUAAUUCGCGUCAACAGUUGGACGACGGGUUACUCACUCCUUCAGUAUAUUCAGCCUCAACAUAUUCGGAACCUGUUUCAUACGAUCCCAAGACAAACACACAGGAAGGAGACGAUUUCAGACCCAACUCAGAACAAAUGGACAAAGAGCUCAACGAAUAUCUCGCUGAGAGUCGAACCACUGUUACAUCGAAAGAGUACGCACAGCAGCUCAAAACCGCCUCACGGAGCCAUGGCCCAUUCUCUCAAGGAGGUUAUCUUGAUCGCUUGAAGGAAAGCAUCAGCAGUCGCUCGGCUUUUAGUCGUUCUUCCCGUGCUAGAGGUAUGAACGAUUCAAAUAAGGGUCGCUGGAAUGAAAUUGGACAGCUUGAAGAAGACGAAGAUUACGAAAGUGAAACUGAGCGCACUGUCAUGAUGGAUUUCAAGACACCAACCAAACCCAAAUCAUCCCGAACGCGCCCUAGCGAGUUAUCUCUCGCAGAUAUCCCAUUACCAGAAGUCCCUCUUCUUGCCUGGGACGUCGCCUCUUCACCAUUCAAACAGAAAUACCGAGCGCAUGGUGGUGAUGAAGACCCAAAUUACCUUGAUAGCUCUGUGAACAACACUCCAGUAAGAAGAAGUACCAGAGGAUGGACUCUUUCAGACCAAGCCCGACCUCCUGCUUCAUUCACUGCAGCUCUCCCUAGCUCCUCUAAUCUCACUCCUCUUAGAAACCAGCUACAGGAUUCGAAGCGUGCCGAGGAUCGAGAAGCGAUCCGAAACUCUUUAUCUAUGUCUCAUUCUCAAAUCCUCUCCCCUGAGCUUCAACCGAAUCUCUUCUUUACGGCUGCAAGUCCUCCAAAUCACCAUCAAAAGGCCAAAAAGAUGACCAAAGAAUCAAAAGUGAUGAACGCAUUGCUCGGCUCUUCUGAUCAAAUCUAUUCACUUACUGGAAUCGCACAACUAAUCUUUCCAACCGAUUCAAGUGAUGGACCUUCGACUCCGAAAAGUCAUAAAAUGCACACCACUCGAUCUACUCCCGUUCAUUCAGAAAGCUACACAACCCUUCCGACUCCUAAAUCUCAACGUAGAAAAAAACGAAGCGAAACGAUCUCUGAACAAUCUAUGAUCAAUCAGAUUUCACCAUCUCCAAAAAGAACAUCUGCUAUUAAACAUCGAGUACCAUCCCGAGAAUUCGAAAAAGAACUUGUAUCAAACCAAAUCCUCCAAUCUGUUUCAUCUGAUUCUCCACUUCGUAAUACUGAAAUUCAUCCUGGAGGGUUUAUUGGUCGGUCACCUACUAAGAAACUUAAGAAGAAAAUCGUGAUUGGAACUUCUGCAAAAACAAACUUACAACUCAAACGUGAACAAGAACGUGCUUUUGAUGUGAUUGAUAGUAUUGUUCAAACUAGUCCACGUAGAAUUCAGAAUUGA